GUUCCCGAGCUCUCUCCUUCGGCGUAUCACCCGGGUCGCGCUUGCACCAUGAGCACGUGUUCGGUCUCCAAGGGCUGCUUUGUGUUCAAGCCAAACUCGAAGAAGCGAAAGAUAUCUUCAACAGCUGACUAUUUUUCUGAAGGUAAUAAUGACUCAGAGGACAGUGAGCUACGAUUUGAUACUUGUCAGUUGUUAUGGAAACGGAUUAAAUCUGAAACAGAGCAGUUGCAAGAGGACUUGAAUAAAAAACUAUAUGAUAAUCUCAUAAGUUUUUUGAGACAAUCUCAUUCGGAUUUCAAGGAGAAGAAAACAGAAUGGGCUUGUCGAAUGAAGUCAAGUGAAAUUCCUGCUGCUGCUCUUGUUCUAGGAGUGAAUGUCACCGACCAUGACCUUACAUUUAAAAGUCUUUCAGAAGCUCUUUGUGAAGAUAUUACGCCUUUUGUGGUGUCGCUGAGGUCCAAGGAAUGCCCAGGCAUAAAACACCUACUGCAGAAGUUCAUGGCUCAGCUGAUGGGCUGCCACAUAGAAGUAGACUCCUAUGAAGAGGGAGAGUGUUCUAAGGCUUCCCCGAACAGGAUGCGCUGCUCUGUGGCGUCCCUCACUGAUUGGUACAGGAAUAUAACAAAGAAAAAAUACACUGAUACACCAUGCAAAAAAGAAACAUUCUCAUCCAGGCAUUGGGAGCCACCUCCAGUUGUAGUUAUUUUCAAGGACAUGGAAAGUUUCACAACAAAAGUUCUGCAGGACUUCAUAAUUAUCAUCAGUCAGUGUAUUCAUGAAUUUCCACUGGUACUCAUUUUUGGAAUUGCCACUUCUCCAGUGAUCAUCCACAAGUUACUUCCUCACUCAGUUUCCUCUUUGUUAUGUAUAGAACUAUUCCAGUCUCUUUCCUGCAAAGACCACUUGAGUACUGUAAUUGACAAGCUUCUUCUGACAAGCCAAUUUCCCUUUAAACUUAGUGAGAAAGUUCUUCAAGUGCUAAUAAACAUAUUUUUGUACCACGAUUUCUCUGUACACAACUUUAUCAAGGGAUUUCAGCUGUCUCUUUUGGAGCAUUUUUAUUCCCACCCUCUCAGUGUGCUAUGCUGUGAUCUCCAAGAAUCUAGGAAGAGAGUAAACUUUUUAUCACACAAUCAGUGUGAAAACAUUCGAAGACUGCCAUCUUUUAGAAGGUUUGUGGAAAGCCAGGCAUCAAAGAAGCAGACAGUUCUGCUGACAGACGAUGCAUGUUUAAAGGAAGAAACACAAGUACUGUUGCAAGACCUGCACACUUACCAUGAGAAUUAUUUCCCUGUUUUACGGUGUCUUCAUGCUUUUACAUCUUCUCUUCCAAACUACCCUUUAGGCAAACAGAUUAGAGAACUGCACUGUGCAUGUUUGGAGAGGAAAGUGUGGGAGACUGAAGACUACGAGUCAGCCAUUCAGCUGGUGAGGAUGCUGGCUAAGGAUGAAUUGAUAGCCAUACUUCAAAAAUGCAUCGAGAUUAUUACAUUGUCUUCUGCAAGAUGCCUUGGCAACUCCACAGAGAAACUAGAAGAGUACCUGGAUCAUUUUAAGAAUCUUGAAGCCACAGAUGAUCAAGAAGAACCUGUAUCUUCACUAAAAGAAAUUCAGAAGAAGACAGACCUCUAUCGUCUCCAAAAGACUUUAUUGGAGAUGAAGGAGUCAAGAAGACUUAAGAAACUAACCAAGUUUGAAAUGCUGCGUUUUGAAGUUGUUGACUUUAUAGACAGCCUUGUGAGAAGUUACCUUGUACCUCCAGAGACGCAGACAUUGCAUGAGGUGAUGUAUUUCAGCAUGGCCAGUACUCUCCGUGAACAUUUAAAUGCUGCUCCACGUAUUGCUGUUCACACUGCUCUCAACAAUCCAUAUUUCUACCUGAAGAAUGAAGCCUUGGAAAGUAAUACAGGAUGCAUUUCUAACGCAGCUCCUGAUAUAUGUAUAGCAUACAAGCUUCAUUUGGAAUGUGGCAGAUUAAUUAAUCUUGUUGACUGGUUAGAGGCUUUUUCAACAGUUGUAACGGCUGCUGAAGACCAAAAUUCCACUGUCAAGGAUCAGAUGGAAGAAAUCAUCCACUACAGAGAUUGCCCUAAGAGGGGGUUUAUAGCAGCUGAAUGUUGCCCUCAUUCUUUCUGCAUUCUCCUGCGUUUUUCUCCAUGCUGUUCCCUCCAGCAUCAGCUUUUAGGAGAUCUUGAGGUACAAGGGAGUCAGGUAAGAUCUGUAUUAGUGCUUUAUUAGAUUCAAUCCAGUACUUUUGAAAGCUGUCCUGACCUUUAUCUACUUUUAUUAAGCUUUUCCCACCUACGCUGAAUGUUAUUUGUGCAACUAUGCCCACUUGUUUUGAACUCCAAUCUUUAGCAUUCCCUUUCUCACUCUUGCUAUUCUUACCAUCUUGCAUGCCUGUGUUUUAAAUCCAAUAGCAAGCACUUUGCAGAUUUCAACACUGCUUCUCAGAAACCAUAGUUCAAUCUAGUAACUUCUGAGCAUGCAUCAACAUUAAUUCUAAUAGCGCUGCAAUGUAGCCGAUUUUAAAUGGACACUGAUAAGUCUAAUUAAUCCAUACAAUCCAAUGCAUAGUAAGCAUGUAGCAGUUUCACUUUUUAAGCAAAGAUUACAGCAUCAUUGAAUAGCUGUAGUAGUAAAUUGGAUUGAACAAUCCCCUUCCCUCCUCCCUCCAGAGGACCCAUGUGGAAUAGUAGCUACAGGGAAGCUGUAGUGAUGUGGGAGAUGGAACAAGAUCACCCAUCCUGCCUUUUUCAUCAACCCCUUCCAUCAGGUUGGCUUAAGUCUCUUGCAAGUCAAGCAUAGCAUAAUUUAUUGAACUGCAGAGAAAUCAUAGUAUUUUGAGUGGUUUAUCAUGUUUGUGGUGGCCAUAUAGCACCUGUCUUUGAGAUGUCAGAAAAUUGUGUUCUAGGUAAAUAUUAUACCGCCAUUAUAGACUUCUAUCACUCUGUACCCUUUGACAACUAGUAUUAGUAGCUCCUGUCUUUUUUUGAUAAUGAAACAUCCUAGUGAAAAUUUCAUGGAUCAGCAAUUGGCUGCAGCUUUCUGGGUUGUAAAGUCUGUCCAGUUGCUACAGCGCAAUACAUUAAACUGUUAAAAUAUGAUCCAAACUAAACAGUUAAGCAAUUCUAGCUUUUAUUUAAAUAUAAAUGAAAUAGUCGUUUCUUAAAAGCUGUAUGUUAUUCACUGUGCUGUAGGUAAAUAAAUGCUAGUUACCAUUGUGAUAGCUAAGAAUUGUAUUCAAGUAUCCCUUUUCACUUGACAGCUGAAUUGAUCUUCCCACCAGUGUAAGAAGCAUUAUUCCAAUGGAAAGCUCUGAGUGGAACAGAACCUUUGGUUCUAACAACCCAGUUGUUCAAGCCUAAUUAUACUUUCC